AUGAGCCACCAUUGCGAAGACGAGCAUUUUGAACAUGAUCAUGAUCACGAUCACGGACACGAUCACGGGCACAGUCAUGAGGCCCCAAUUGCAACAAGUGCUGCCCAAUCACUAUAUGAGCAAAUUGAUACCCCGAAAAUAAAAUGUUUAAACGGCGUAGGUAAAGGAGCAACGGGUAAAGAACUGUACAAAUACUUUAUUAAACCACACGAAGAGAAGUAUAAUACAGAAAUAUACUUGGAAAGCGAUGCCGACUGCCAAUUGAUAAUCAAUAUUCCAUUUGUGAAUAGUUGUAAAGUUCACUCGGUGGUAUUGAGAACCAACGCUAACAGUUCGGGCUACUCCACGCCGCGCACCAUUAAGAUAUUCAAUAACUUCAAGAAGAGUCUUGACUUCGAUACCCUCAGCGGUGAAAGCAAGGUAGAUUUCAAAACUGAGCAUCCUAACAAUGUCGGGGUGCACAAAGGAGAAGCGUCUGUUACUGAGGAUUCCAGCUUUGUAGAGUACCACUUGCCGCGUGCACAAUUCCAAAAUUGCGAGUCCCUAACAUUAUUCAUAGAGGACAACUGGGCGGACGACGAAGACGAGCUUUCCCAACUGUUCUUCCUAGAGAUUCGCGGUGAGAUCACCGGGAAACUGAGACCUGAGAACGCUGUGCCGCUCAUGACAGUAUAUGAAUCCGCACCCAACCCAUUAGACCACGCCAAACUAGAGUCCGAAGUAUCCGAUGGCUUGAACCUGGGGAAAUAA